AUGGCGACCACUGAACAUGCGAUAGCAAUCAGUAAUGACAUGUCGAUGGAACUCCCUACCCUCCCCCCUAAUCAGGGCCUUGAAGCUCUGAAGGAUGUGGUGUUUGGUUCGGCCGCUGGCAUGGCAGGCAAGGUCAUAGAGUACCCUUUCGACACCGUCAAAGUACGACUACAAUCACAACCGGAUCAUCUCCCCCUGCGAUACAACGGCCCGCUGGAUUGUUUCCGUCAAUCGUUCCAAGCCGAUGGAUUUCGUGGACUAUACCGGGGCAUAAGUGCCCCCAUGGCGGGUGCUGCUAUAGAAAACAGCUGCCUCUUUUGGAGCUAUCGCAUGAUUCAAGAUAUACUCAGGGUAACCUGCUACAGCUCGACGGACCCGCUGCCUUUCUCCGCCUUGGUGUUUAGUGGAGCUGCAUCGGGCUCCAUCACCUCGCUUGCGUUGACACCCGUCGAACUCAUCAAAUGUAAGAUGCAGGUUCCUUUGGAGGGCACCGGCGGUCAAGUGCCUAGACCGCUCACUCUGAUUGUGUCUAUAUUCCGCCAAGACGGUAUCAUGGGGUUCUGGCGCGGUCAGAUGGGAACCCUCAUUCGCGAAACGGGCGGGGGCGCUGCCUGGUUUGGCGGCUACGAGGGGGUAUCUGCCUUAUUCCGAAAAUACUCAGUGCCACCUUCGAAAGUUGGAUCAUCCCAAACGGACGAGGCGCGUCUUCCACUAUACCAACAAAUGAUCGCGGGCGCAGCGGCAGGGAUCAGCUACAACUUUCUGUUUUAUCCUGCCGACACAAUCAAAUCUCGGAUGCAAACAGAAGACAUCACCCUUUCCACGGUCAAUGGGAAGCGACAAACCUUUUGGAGCGCUGCCAGGGCUCUCUGGAACCAGCAAGGGAUUCGAGCUUUGUAUCGAGGCUGCGGGAUAACUUGCGCACGAUCGGCACCAAGCUCAGCAUUCAUCUUCACCGUAUAUGAAGGCUUACGAAACUACUUCGGAUGA